GAAAUGUUUUGAAUUAUUUGAAAAUAACAAUUAUCAACGGACGCGCUGAAUUCACCCAGUACCUACAUAACGGCUCGUUUGUAUCAAAUCGUCCCUACAUACUCAAGUGUGUAUAUAAAUUCAUUGAUUUUGAUUAUUGAUAGAACGAUUACAGCAAUAUAAUCGACAAACAGCUGACAACUAUGUCACUACAACAAACAAAAAAUUGUAUUACUUUGCGCGGCUCCGCUCAAAUUAUAUGCGAAUAUUUGAAAUUUUCAAUAAAUUCAGUACUGUUUCAACGAGGCUUAUAUCCACCUGAAACCUUUAAGGCAGAAAACCAGUAUGGCAUCACACUGCUACUCUCAGAGGAUCCUCAGAUCAAGAGCUUCUUAACAAAUCUUCUUACACAGAGUGAAGAAUGGAUUCUUGACAAGAAAGUGAAAAAACUAUCUCUGAUCAUACUAAAUGUGGCUAACAAAGAAGUUCUGGAAUGUUGGGACUUUAACAUUCAAUACGAAGAUGGAGAUACUGCUUUAUCUAAGGAGAAAAAUGAAAUGGUCGGGAGCAAAGAUUUGAAGAAGAUACAACAGGAAAUCAGAGAUGUUAUGUUACAAGUAGCAGCAACAAUAUCGUACUUACCGCUAUUAGAUUGUAGAUGUUCAUUUGAUGUUUUGGUUCAUGCUAAAACAGACUGCGAUAUUCCAGAAAAAUGGGCUGAGGCACAACCAGUAGCUAUAGCCAAUGCUCAGAAUGUACAGCUAAAGUCAUUCUCGACUAGUUUACACAAAAUGGAAACAGUAGUCAGUUACAAACUCGCAGAUUGAUUGCAGCUUUACUUUAUAAGUUUUCUAUUCUUUUUAAGUAUCUCAAGUAAUGUAGUUUGUAAUUAUCUAAGGUAAGGUAACAUAUUGUUGAAGAGAGCAUGCAUCAAUUGCGUGAUGACCAUCAGGUGACCAUAAGGUGGACUAUGACCGUCUACCCAUUUUAAAUAAUAAAUAACCUUUACUGCUUUCUCCCCUCUCUGCAAUAAUGUACUAGUGAAUCUUUAAUGACUCAUAAUUAUAGUAAUGGUGAAUUUUAAAAUGAAAUUAUGCCAUAACAAUUACUACAGUUGUCGUGAUGUGUUAAGUUUUAGUUUUUUUUCUCAAAUAAGAAGGAAAUCGUCAAUCAAAUUGUUAGGCCAUUAUUGGUUGUAGACUGUUCUCGAUCUAAAUACGUAUAAUUUUAUUUAGUGACUAAGUUACAGUAGGUAUUGAUUAUGCUUUAAACAGUCUAAAGUUUGUUUUAAUCUCACAGCUAAGUUUUGAGUGCUUGGUUUUACAAACAAUGUUAUCUGACUCCCAUACAGGCCAAUAAAGAUUAUUGUUAGAUACUUGAGAAAAACAGUGAUGUUCUCACACGAGGCUGGCAUUCGCACAUAUUCUAUGCGUUAAGACCUGAAUAUGGAGUUGAUUUUCUAACAAACGGUUAUCAAUAUCUUAGCCCCACAAGUAAUUUUGUUGGUAUCUACAAAUGGAAAUCAUUUAGUAUUUAAAUGGUAAUGACUACAUCUCUAGUUCGCUUGUUCAUGUAUCUACUAUAAUACUGUAUACUUGGGCACUUAAUGGGCACCUAAAAUUGAAAAUAAUUUUAUAUUAUGUGUUUUUAACUAAUAGCAAUCAACCGAAAUCUAUAUUGUGUUCAGUAUUGUAAAUAUAAAAUGUAAGUUUUAACUGUGAAUGUAGCACCUUCGUUUCAAUGUUUGGUAUCAUUUUGGCAUGUAUAAAUGAAUUUAAAAGUG